AUGGGCUAUUUUGAGAAUCUUUUGGGGUUUGGUGAUGCGCAACAGCGCAACCAGGAAGUAUACAAUACCGAGCGUGUUGAACACCAUCACAAGAGUUCCUGGUCGCAUGAGAUCAUUGCAGGCGCUGCCGGGUAUGAAGCUAUGAAAUCGUACGAGCGCCACUGUGCGGCGAAUGGACAGCCCCAGUCGCAUAGCCAGAUGAAGGAGAUUCUUGCAGGGCUAGCAGCCGCAGAAGUGGACAAGUUGUUUGAAACCAAAGGACUGGAUUGGCUUGAUCGUGACAGAGCGAAACAGCAAGCGAUUGCACAAGCCCAUAGGGAAACGUCGCCCCGACGGGUGCUUUUCAAGGCGGAUAUGGCGGUCAAGGUGGAUAUGGUGGCGGUCAAGGUGGAUAUGGUGGCGGUCAAGGUGGAUAUGGUGGCGGUCAAGGCGGAUAUGGCGGAGGUCAAGGCGGAUAUGGUGGCGGUCAAGGUGGAUAUGGUGGCGGUCAAGGCGGAUAUGGUGGCGGUCAAGGUGGAUAUGGUGGCGGUCAAGGCGGAUAUGGCGGAGGUCAAGGCGGAUAUGGCGGAGGUCAAGGCGGAUAUGGCGGAGGUCAAGGCGGAUAUGGCGGAGGUCAAGGUGAAUAUGGCGGUCAAGGCGGAUAUGGCGGUGGAUAUUGAUAGGUGAUAGGGAGCGCCGAUUCACCACCAUCGAGGUCAAUAGUAUAGGGACCUGACAAAAAGGGUGAAAAAGCUAUUUCUAACAUGAAUUCAAACGGAAUCGGCUGAUGAUGCUAUAGCUAAACACAUUCUUGCACGCUUAAGUGCAAAUAUAAAUAUUCUCCCUAUCCGUCUCAGUAGCUUUGCUCAUAUUCUUAAUUAAAAUUGUCUACAAAGUUAGUUGUAUCGAAGGUAUACUCACUGUGCAUCUUGUCUUUUGCCUGUACAGUGGGGAAAUCGCCAAGAAACUCAUAUUACACGAGCGCCGUGGUGGUAAAUCAUGAUCGCGUUUCAAUGUGG